AUGGUCUCUGCCAAGUCAGUCACGUUGUUCGGCAGUAUGCUGCUGGGCAACGUCAUGGGCGCCGACAACAUGGGCCCUGCCGCCUUCCUCUGGCCUCCAGACCGUGAGUGGUCCGCCGACGCCGACAACACGGCCCCUUGUGGAUCCACCAACGGCCCCGGUGUCCGCACCGAGUUCCCUCUCGUGAACGGCAAGCUCGCCCUCGUCACCCAGGACGUCACCCGCUCCGUCCACCUGAGUGUCUCUUACGAGAACGACCCCAAGUCCGUCUCCGACUUUGAGACCUUCCUCGGCCCCAGCGAGGUCGGCAGCCUCGACCUCGGCCACACCUGCGUGACGGUCCCCAGCGCGCCCGAGGGGACCGCCGCCGGCUCCAACGCCACCUACCGCAUGCUCUACGUCUCCAACUUUGAGUCGGACGAGUCCAAGCGCGAGACCUACUACGCCUGCGCCGACGUCACCUUCGUCGAGGUCUUUGCUGCCUCCAUCCCCUGCUUCAAUGCCACCGUCAGUGACCCGGACGUCGACGUUGACACCACCGUCAACGUCACCACCACCGACUCGGGCGGCAACACACCCCACACGGCCGCCGACUUCACCGCAGCCGACUCCAAGAGCUCCGGUCUCUCCAAGGGCGCCAUCGCCGGCGCCGCCGUUGGCUCCGUUGCUGGUGUCGCCCUGCUUGCUCUCGCUGGGUUCUUCUUCUGGCGUAAGAAGGCUGCCAAGAAGGACGCCGUUACUGAGCCUAUGCAGCAGCGCUGGGAUGCUGAAAAGGCCGUCAGUGAGACGUCUUCCGUCAACAGCCGUCCCUAA